AAGGAAACAAUACUCCACCUUGAUAAAGAAUGUGACUCCGUAAGUCUCAAUUUUGUUAAAGAAAAAAAAAUUCAAUGAUACUUGCUGAAGCAUGGUAAGGAGGACUUUAUUCAGGAACUUCAUGAUAGGUAUAUAGAGCUCACUGCAACAGGAUUUUUCAGUGGAAGAGAGAUUGGGCUCAACUCCGAACAGCAGCAUGGGCAAUUGGGAAUUUAUGGCCAAGGAGCUGUGUAGGGGUCAGUGGAUGGAAAAUUACUAAGAGGAAACAUCAGGAGUAAAGGAGAUUCUGGCUAAAUAGACCUAAUAGGAUUCUUGCUGGAGACAGGCCAACGUAAUCAGACAUCACCUGGGGGAUGGUGGCGACUAAGGAACCUGAUCAGAUAUUGAGAAUAACCACAUAAGGCGGGGUGGUGGUGGUGGUUCUUGCUAAACUGACUUAGCCAGGGUCUGUGCUAAAACUGGAUUUUACAGGGCAGUGCACAGAUGGGCCUAGCAGAAAAUUCAGAAACGUAAUUCAACCAAAGAAUCUUUGCCAGUGUGUUGUAUUUGAGAAAAAUUAUAAACUAUACUUUUACCAACGAGAUAGGGAUUGUACCUUCUGCUAAAAUGCCUUUGAAUAAUUGCAAUAUGAUUCUUAGGGAACGUUCUGGAAUUGCUGUAAAAAAUCAGUACACGCAUCUUAUCCCUGCAUCCUGCUUUUUUUUCCUCCGGAUUGCCCCUCAGUUCAUUUAGUGUAGACAGCACUACAAAAAUCUUAGCGGGUUUCCCCAUUCUGUGCAGGUUCUCCAUUCUUUCCUCCCUGCACAAGGGAGAAAGCGGACUAUAGUUUAAAAAGCAAGUGGCAGUGCUACAGCAGGUUGUCUGCAGCAGUAGAGAUGGCCUUAAAGGUUGUGAACAUCUCCUUAUGGAGUAUCGAGAAGCUGCACAGCCACCUAGAAACGUCCACAGAGGGACUUGGUCUGAAAUGUCACCCAGUUCAGAGACUGUGAGGCAGUGACAGGCGAGUGGCCCUCAGAGCGAUGGUGAGAGAGCUGGUUCCUACAGGCAUAACUGCCACGAUCCUCACUUGGACGACGGCCCAGGGAGAACCCAAUUGGGGCGGACGCUUUUUGAUCUGGGAACUGGGCAAGAUUCUUUCAGCCAAUCCGUUAGAGAGGUGCUGCUGACAUCACUGGCCGCGCUCCAGUCGACUUCUGAUGUCAUCCCGCAGCGCCGGAAGCGGCGAGGCACAGAUGAGUAACGUGAAUUUGUCCGUGUCCGACGUCUGGAGACUGAUGAUGCGGGUGUGCUGGUUGGUGAGACAGGACAGCCGGCACCAGCGAAUCAGACUUCCACAUUUGGAAGCAGUUGUGAUUGGGCGUGGCCCAGAGACCAAAAUCACUGAUAAGAAAUGUUCUCGACAGCAAGAGUUUGAGGAAGAGGCAAAGAACCCUGGCCUGGAAACACACAGGAAGAGAAAGAGAUCAGGUGACAGUGAUUCUAUAGAAAGGGAUGCUGCUCACGAAGCUGAGCCUGGGACAGGGCUGGAACCUGGGAGCAACCAUAACCAAUGCUCCGUGCCUCCAAAGAAGGGAAAAGAUGCACCUAUCAAAAAGGAAUCACUGGGCCACUGGAGUCAAGGCUUGAAGAUUUCUAUGCAGGACCCCAAAAUGCAGGUUUACAAAGAUGAGCAGGUGGUGGUAAUAAAGGAUAAAUACCCAAAGGCCCGUUACCAUUGGCUGGUCUUACCAUGGACCGCCAUUUCCAGUCUGAAGGCUGUGACCAGGGAGCACCUUGAACUCCUCAAGCAUAUGCACACUGUGGGGGAAAAGGUGAUUGUAGAUUUUGCUGGGUCCAGCAAACUCCGCUUCCGAUUGGGCUACCACGCCAUUCCGAGUAUGAGCCAUGUACAUCUUCAUGUGAUCAGCCAGGAUUUUGAUUCUCCUUGCCUUAAAAACAAAAAACAUUGGAAUUCUUUCAAUACAGAAUACUUCCUAGAAUCACAAGCUGUGAUCGAGAUGGUACAAGAGGCUGGUAGAGUGACUGUCCGAGAUGGGAUGCCUGAGCUCUUGAAGCUGCCCCUUCGUUGUCAUGAGUGCCAGCAGCUGCUGCCUUCCAUUCCUCAGCUGAAAGAACAUCUCAGGAAGCACUGGACACAGUGAUUCUGCAGGGCCUGAGCUGCUGCUGCGAUGUGGCCCACUGGAGCAAACUGCUGGCAUCUAUUCUGGGUUGCUUGUGAACUUCUACUCAUUUCCUAAAUGAAAACAUGCAGCUUUUUCACAGAGUUUAUUCUGUUAUUGAGUGGCCACAAUGUAGAGUCGCUCGAAGUAGUUCAGGAUUAGGAAUUGGGGUUUGUCAUAGAUAUAUUCUCUGGUGAGGGUGGCUGGGAUAUACCUGACUCACCAUCUUCAGGACCCAUGUCAGGUCUGACCAUUGGGAGCAAAGCUAUGUUCACACUGACCUAAGGGAGAAUAUGAAAGCAGUGGGCUGGUUAUAAAUUUAUGUUUCUUAGAUUUAUCCUCCACCUCUGUAGGCAUGGACACCCUUUAAUCAGAGCACCUAGAGUGGCCUCUUGUUUAUCCUAAAGAUACUGAUGGGCCUUGUUUUCUGUUAGUCUGUUAUAUAAUAUUAUUCUUUUCCCUUCCUUCGUGGGGAGGCUUACUUUGUCCAGUCCUUCCAUUCCCUUCUAUCUUAGAUUACCUAAAUGUUCCCUUCUCAGGAAUUCUGUCUCAUCAGUUCUUCACUGUGAGCAAAGAGGCUAGAUGAGGGUGUGGGGGGUUGGAGUUUUCUUCUAAUAUCAAGGGUUCCUGGCUGUGAGGAAACAGCCACAUGUUCGUCAUGAUUCAGCUGUGAAGUCGUUUUGGACCUGUUGUCUGAAAAUAAAGUUAAUUUGUUUGAGGCAUCUCUCUUAAGUAGGUGGAAACUAUUGAAGUUCAGCUGACAAUUACAGCAUAGGCUCUAAUGCAUGAAAAGGUGGUUGGUGAAUGAAAAAGUUGCACAGAGCCACUACUUUAUUUUUCCUUGAGAACAAAUUUGGAUAAAACA